AUGCUAGAUAAUGAAGAAAGACAGUGGGUGCUAGAUGGAGAAUCCAAGAAUGUAGGGGAUUGUAAAUUUCUCGACUUUAUAUUUCCUUGCAGCAUGUUUGGAGGUUCCAGUACUGGGAAUGGUAAUGGCAACAAGUUAAAUUUACGAAUUGAAAUUCUUGAAGGAUUACUAGCUUCAAUGGGUGAAGGCAAGAAUGCAAAAAUAAACUCGUUGAAACAAACAGUUGUUCGAAAUAAAACAGAUAUGGCCAGUGAUGCUUUUCGUUCACUCGAUUUGAUGCGAAGAGUUUUCGAAUCAGAAGUUACCGAUGAGUUACGGCAAAUUAUUGAAAGACAUUUAAGAACUACCUUCUCUCCUGCAUUAGAAAAUCUUCGCAGGAAUGGAUUGGAAAUAACAGAAGAUGAUAUUAGAAGCUUAUGUCGUAGUAUGCUUGAAGCAGCUAAAAAGCCAUAUUUGUGUGAAGAACAAGCAGACGGUAUUGCAGAAGCCGGUUCCGAGUAUUCAAAUUUUAUAUUUAGUACAGAAUCGGAUAUAGAUAGUGAAGCAAGUGUACAAAAUUUCUUGGUACAUCAACCAUCAGCUGUACCGCCACGUGGAAGGAAACGUGGUCGACCCCCAAAAACUAACAAUCCGGGCAGAAUCAUAUCACCGUCUUGCCAUGCUAGCGAAAUGACUCGUGAAUUAGAUUUAAGUAAGUGGAAUCCUAAUCGGGUGUGUUCAUCAUCUCAGUUUAUUUUGCUUUCGAAAGUUUCUCGAGUGUUGAUGUUACUCAGCCAUCGAAAGAUAUUUAUGAAGUAUCCUUCUGUUUUUCGGUAUUGUGGUGAUGAAAUGGAUCGAAAAUGGCUGGUUGAAAAUCGACUCACUACGCGAACGACUGGAAAAAUAUACAUGAUGUUGCUGACCGAUGCUAUUGAAAUUGCCAGUGCAGAAAAGCUUUUGUUAAGGGGAUAG